AUGUUGCGCCCCGGAAUUGCUGACAUUGGUUUCCUGUUUUUGACGUCUGAAGGUUGUGUGGGGUCCAGUGAUAAAGACCUUUACGUGGGCAAGACAUUUAAGAACCGAGACGAGUUCAAGCAACAUAUGGCCUUAUAUGCAAUCAAGCAGAAGUUUGUUUACCGUUGUGCAAGGUCGUCACCUUCUGUUAUGGUGCUUGAGUGUUCUGGAGUGUCAUGUAUGUGGCGGGUCUAUGCAGUCCUUGUCAAGGGCUCGAGCCUGUAUGAAAUUCGUAAGCUACGUGGGGGGCACAGUUGCAGCGUUGAUGAGCGUGCUGGAUACCAGAGACAGGCGACAUAUAGCGUCAUAGGGGAGAUGCUCAAGCAGCAGUUCACCGGAACGGGUGUUGGUCCGCGGCCAGGGGAGAUUAGGCAGGUGAUGAGGGGCGAUCAUGCUGUAAACAUUUCCUACUGGAAAGCGUGGCGUUCACGGGAAGCAGCGGUUGAGUUCGCUAAGGGAUCUUGCGGUGCUUCGUACCAAAGCCUUCCAAAUUAUCUGCAGCGCCUUAUUGAAGCUAACCCAGGGACAUUGGCCCAUCUUGAUACAGAGUACGUGGAGGGCGUGGGUCGGCGUUUCAAGUAUAUGUUCAUCGCUAUGGGAGCAAGUGUGAAAGGCUUUGAAUUUAUGCGUAAGGUUGUGGUCAUAGACGGUACGCAUCUAAGAGGAAAGUAUGCAGGCUGUCUGUUAACCGCUUCUGCUCAGGAUGGGAACUAUCAAAUCUAUCCCUUGGCCUUUGCUGUGGUUGAUGGAGAAAACGACAAGUCGUGGGAGUGGUUUUUCGAGAAAUUAUCGACGUUCGUUCCUAAUCAGAGCGGUGUUGUGUUUGUUUCCGACAGACACGCGUCUAUCUAUCAAGGACUAAGCAAGGUGUAUCCAAACGCUGGCCAUUGUGCAUGCAUCGUCCACCUAAAGAGAAACAUUCGGACCAACUUCAGGCAGAGGCAGCUUGGAUAUCUUGUUUCAAAGGCAGCUAGGGCGUUUAGGAUGGGCAUGUUUUAUGAAACAUUCGCCGAAAUUAGUUCUAUCAAUCAAGCGUGUGCUGACUACCUGAUUGAUAUAGGGCUUGAACAUUGGACAAGAUCUCAUUUCCCCGGCAGGCGAUACAACAUCAUGACGAGCAACCUUGCGGAGUCUUGGAAUUCUGUGCUUCGUGACGCGCGUGAGUAUCCGAUCGUGCCGUUGGUUGAGUUCAUUCGGACUAAGCUGAUGAGCUGGUUUACGACACGACGUGACUCGAUCCAGGACGUUGACACUGGGUUGACACCCAAGGUUAACAGUAUUCUUGCUGCGAACUUUGAGAUCUGUGGGGGGUAUAAUGUAAGGAAGGUUGAUGUCAAUGAAUAUGAGGUGCAGGAUCUGAAAGGAGCUUUAUUUGUAGUCAAUUUGGCAGACAAGUCGUGCUCAUGCUUUGAAUUCCAAAGCCUGAGUAUACCAUGUUCUCAUGCCAUUGCGGCUGCCUUGAAAGCAAACAUUAGUGUAGAAGGUCUUGUGGAUGAGGUCUACACAAUGAAGUAUUUGAAGGGGGCGUAUGUAAGCAAUAUAUUGCCGCCGAUUGAGCUUGACAACACCGCUAUGAUCGCUAGUGAGGUAUCUGCCCUUACUCUGAAUCCGCCAGCAACUCGUCGUCCUCCCGGCAGACCAAGAAAGAAGAGGUUCUUCUCCCGUGGUGAAGUCCUGAUGAAGAAGAUACGUAAAAGGUACUGUAGCCGUUGCAAGGGUAUGGGGCAUAACCGUGCUACUUGCAAGCAAGCAAUAUGA